CUCUUCUCCGCCGUUUUUACAGUUUUGCCUGUUUUUCCAUUUCUCUUUUUUUUCCUACCUUCCUAUCUUACCAUGGAAUAUGUCUAUAUCAGACUUCACACAAUCUUUAGUUCAUGCAUUUCCCUGUCUGUCUCCUCUCCUCAACCUUGAACAGAAAAACACAUAUCUUUCUUUUUUGCUGUACUUUCAUUCUCUGAAACACUCCCCGGAAAAGGGUUCCCAGAGACACGAACACCUUCAAAACAAGCCAAGAAAUGCUUCUACGAAGCUCAUCCACACCUAUCCUCAAAACGUAUAUACCUCAGAGCUCGCCGGCGGUUGACUCCGGUCACCGGAUCCCAUCAAUACCCAUUUCUCUGACGUCCUCCCCCAUCAACAAAAUCCAACGAGCGUCGUCGGAUGGGAACAUGAGGCAGAUUGUUAUUUCCAAUAGGCAAAAGCUACCUACAAGUUCAAUGGGGUCUCCCAAUACGGUCAAAGAAGAAAUUUUUACUUUCCCACAACUCUCCCUUCUUGGUGACGUUGAUGAUGGUGGUGAUGACAAUGGAGGCGGCGGCGGCGGCGGAGUAGAUAGGUUCGGAGAUUGGGGUCAAGGGAAACAAAGAUUGGAUGAGUAUUACCGGAAGAUGAUCAAAACUUACCCUGGAGAGACUGUUCUUCUCACAAACUACGCUAAAUUCUUAAAAGAGGUACAAGGUGAUCUUCUGAAAGCUGAAGAAUAUUGCGGGAAAGCAAUUAUUGUGAAACCAGACGAUGGGGAAAUUCUUUCAUUGUAUGGAGAUUUAAUAUGGAUUAACCAUGGCGAUGAAGCUCUUGCUCAAUCUUAUUUUGAUCGAGCUGUUAAGGCUUCUCCAAAUAAUUGCUAUGUCCUUGCAUCAUAUGCUCGAUAUCUAUGGGCUGCUGAGAAAGAUGAUGAUUAAGAAUGAAGGAAAGAAAGACUGAACAUCGAAUAUCAAAUGGUUCUUAAGCUUACACACAGAGCGAUUUUCUUUUAUUCGGCAACUGCGUGAUUGAUUAACCCGCGCGUAAAAGAUCAUUGAAAUGAAGUUGGAUUGAUAUUAGCUCUUGGAUUACAUUAUUUUAUGUUAUAGACAUGUUAUACCCUCUACUGUAAAGUCUUCAAUUUUUUUAUUA